UUUAGAUUUAAGUGUUUACCGGUGUUCAGCUUUAGUGCGGCAACUUAUUGGAAGUGGUUUAAUUGUGUUUAACUUUUCUUUUGAAUAUUUAUGAUGGGUGUGAAAAGGAAUCUAGAUGCUGCUGGUUUGUCAGCAAAUGCAAGCAGUAUUACUGAAGAUGAAGCUCAAUUAUAUGAUCGUCAGAUUCGAUUAUGGGGAAUGGACUGCCAGAAACGUCUGAGGGCAGCCAAAGUCCUUGUAAUUGGAUUGAAUGGUCUUGGAGCUGAAGUGGUAAAAAACCUUACUUUGAGUGGAGUGAAAUCUAUCACAAUAGUCGAUGAUGCAAAGAUAAAGCCUUCUGACUUCUGUGCUCAGUUCUUUAUUGCUGGUUCUGAAUCUGGAAAAAAUAGAGCUGAAGCAUCCAAAGCUGCUAUACAGGAACUUAAUCCUAAUGUGGAAAUCAUCAUUGACACUGAACCCAUAAGCUCAAAACCAACAGAAUUUUUUGCUGGCUUUCAGGCAGUUUUUGCAACAAACAGCCCUUUAAAUAUUUUAAUUAAAGUAAAUAAAGCCUGCAGAGAAAAUUCUGUUCUUUUUUACUGUGGUGACACUUGGGGUUUUUAUGGCUAUGGCUUUCUUGAUCUUCUAAACUUCACUUAUACAAGUGUCAUAAAAUUUAAUGAGACAAAUAAAGAAGUGCAUAGAAUUGAGAAACUUGAAUUCUGUCCUCUUGGAACCGCUUUAGGGGCGAAAGUUGGUGCUGGUCUCAACAGGAAAGUUAAUAAUGUGUUCUUUCUGCUUCAUG